AUGCAGAGGAGCGCCGUCAGGUUUGCUUCGGUCAACGCCGCGCAGCUCGCCGGCCGCCGGGUCGUAACCGGACCGUCUGCGCGGGUCCUUCUCUUGGGGGCGAGGGAAGCCGUGGAGCUGAGGCGGGGCUACCACCAGAGCCACCUCCGCAUCGACUUGGGCGUGGAGGAAGAGGAGAUCGAGGAGUGGAACUGCAAGAAGGCGCCCGAUUCGGCCUCGUUCGUCAACGCGGACAAGAUGCCGGUGCGCUCCAUCGAGGAGAUGCAACACGAGACUCUGGCCAUCCUCACCUCUACGGCCGGCGCCUCGACUCACCGAGAGGAUCACGGCCCCCGGCUCUAG